AUGGAACUUAACGACCCUUCAAUUAUAUCAGCCACUCAGUUUUCCGGUGAAUCGCCGGACGGAGAAGCUGCUGUCGCCACUCACAAAUCGCAACAAGCCAUCUCGAAUCUAUUUCAGAAAUUGGACAAAAAGGACAAACAGGAGAGACCAAUGGGUAGCAUAGAAUCUUUGAAUGAUAGCUCUACCGCUUCUGUGGCCACGAGCACUAACGGCAAAGAGAGCAAUAGUAAAAAAAAUAAAAAAACGGCCAUGCUAAACUUUAGUAGUUUGACGGAUCCUAUAACGAACUAUAAACCAAUGGAGCUGAAAUACAAGACAUAUGCAUAUUCCAUGAAUGAGCUCUAUCAUUUGAAGCCGUCUUUAACAAGUGCCUCGUAUGAAGAAGACCCGCUCACUGCGGAGCUUGUGAAGAGUCUACCUAAGAGGAAGUUUUGGCGAUUGCGCAUGGGGCCUCCAGAUCAAAAGCAUGCUAAUAACCAUCACUUCAGCGGAAGCAAUGGUGCAAGUAACUGGAAGGCCGGUUACAAAAAUGGCAAGAGCGAAGAGAGGAGAAUGAGUAGAACCAAGAACAUGCAGGGGGGCAAAAGAAGAUCUCAGCAUGAUGAUGAAGACAAAAAGAUCGAGCAAGAAAUGCUGGAAAUGGAAAAGAAUUUGCAAUUAGGUGGUGAUGUAGGUCAUUCAAUGGCAGAUUUUGAAGAUUGGAAGGCAAAGAUGAAGGAACUCGAAUUGAGAAAAAUUUCCAAAACUAACGGAACCAACAACUCCACAGCCAUUGCUCCAAGGGAAAGUACUACACAAGACACUUCAGAGGACUUGAGACCUGCAAUGCCAACCGGUUCCAGCUCGAUAACGGAUUUCUUGAACCUGAAAAGACAAGAAAAGAAGGAACAACCUCCACAACAGACUCCUGCCAAACCCACUAGGCAACCUAUUAUGGCCAAAGCCAACGUAGAACAGGCCAAUGAUUUAGAGACAAAUUCGGAUUUGGGUAAAAGUUCAUCGUCUCGCUUUUCGUCAUUCUUCAAUAAGUCCGCUACUUCAUUGCCUUCAUUAGACAACAAUAAUCAAGCGCCAUCACCAGGUGCACCUGUAGUAAACAAUGAUGACAACAGCACACCACGUCAAAGUGGUUCAAGAUUGAUGUCUUUUUUCAAGGAAUCUAGAUCAAGUACUCCAAAUUCAGAGCCACAACCACUAUCGACCUCCGAUAAAGAUACUAGAAAGAUACAGACUCCCUCCCAAUUUCAACAGCAACCUCAACCCCCACAACAAAUGCAACCAAUGGCAUUUCCACAGCAUCCUCCUAAUAAUAGUGCAUUCUUCAACGGGCUAUUGAACAAAGGGAAAAGCGAAACUAACACUCCACCUCCACCUCCAGGUUUAGUCUCUCAUCAAGGUCCACAGUUUCCUAUGAUGGGAGUACCACCAAACUUUUCACAACAAAUGAUGCCACCCCCUCCAGGUCUCGUUCAGUUCCAAAAGGAUUCUAAAGAUGUAAAUAAAAAGCAUAACAACAAGCAACCAAGGCAAAAUAAAAAUGCAAACGGCAAUAGAAAUAACAAAGGAAAGCAAGCAGCGACAGCAGCAACAGAUAUGCCCCAACAGCAAUUCAUGCCGCCACCCCCMCCCCCMGGUUUUUUCCCCAUGCAUCCUAAUUUCCCCAAUGGCCCACUACCACCAUUACCGCAGGGAUUUCCUAUGCCACCAAAUGGUAUGUUACCAGCGGGUCAACAACCACAACCACCUUAUCCAAAUAUGAUGCUUCAGGGUAAUUUCCCACCAAAUUUCCAACAGGGCUUUAGAAAUAAUCCCCCUAUGCCAAUGCCACCUAUGGUUAAUGCUAAUAGCGAAAAUGUUUCAAAUCAAUUGCCACCGGGAUUGAACUCUAAAAAGAACAUGAAAUGA